UAAUUUCAAGUGUAAAAUAAUUGCAGCUGGGGAUUUCCACAUUGACAGUCGAUACGUGCAACGCAUUGGCAACAACCGAACAACAUGUAGCUGAGUGAAACGUUCCGGAUAAAAAGUCAACGUGCUUCUAAUGAUGAUCUGCCAUCAAUUUGUUGGCUUUGUUUUGUGAGCUCGCAAACGGUGUCUGGCCUGGUCUGGAUUGCUUGUUGGGGGCACAAUUAAAGCAGCAGCAGGAGGAGAGCAACAGCAAGGAUAUUUUAUAAUUAGAAGACAUAACGAAUUUGGAAGGCAAAUCCAAGAGCUUUGGUUAAGAGAGCCCGCCAAGUUUCCAACUGAUUAAUUUUACAAUACACAAAACGAGAAGGGGGAAAGGGGCCAACGACAAACAAUUUAAGCCAAUUAAGCAACGACGUCGUCGAGUGAUAACAGCAGCAACAACAACAACAUCAACCAGCUUAUAGCAAAUGAGACGCGAUGAGUUUCCUCAGUUCCAUGCAACAAUAUGUAACAAGUGGCAUAUCAAGUUUGGGCCUCGGCAAUCGACGCUUCUCGUUGUCGCGUCAGGAGUCCACUGAGCACCAACAGCAGCAGCAGCAACAGGCUGGCGGCGGCGGCGGCGGCGGUGUGAUAGCUGCAGCUGGCAUCACAAUACAACAACAAUUGCUGCCACAACAACAACAGCAGCAGCAACUGUUGCAACAACAACAGCAGCAGCAGCUGCAACAACAACAACAACAUUCGCACGCACCGUUGCAACAACAGGCGAGCAUUGGCAGCGGUCUCGGCAUCGUUUAUGGAGCCCCCGCCCAGCCCACGGCGGGCGUGGCAGCCACUGUCGCUGGCAGUAAUUAUCCCGCCGGUGGCGUCGUUAUCGGCAAUCCGAAUGCCACCAAUCCAUUACUAGGCUAUCCGAAGGUGGUGCCACUGCCGGGCAGCAGCGGAGCAGGUGGUGCAGCUGGUGUUGGCAAUUGUUCAUCCGCCGGGAGCACACCCAUGAAUUCGCGUCGACAGUCGCGUGCCCUGGAGUGUUUGGCGCCACCACGUACGGGUUCGUUUCGCAGCCGGAAUUCGCCACUGCAUCAGCCGGAUCCGCCGCCGCGACCCCCGCUGGCAUUCUGUAAACGUCGACUCAGUUGGCCGGAGGUGGAUCCGCGCUCCACAUCGGGUGUCCAGGAAACGGAUGGGUCGUAUUUUGAGAACUUUACAUCGUUGGGUUGGAAACGUGAAAAUCGUCGCAUGUCGGCGACGCGUGCGGCCGAAUCACGUGCCGAGGCUAAUCCUGAAAAUGAACGUGAUCCGCCAGCGCCCGAGGAGUCCAUUGACCGUCACGAUGAGAAGGAAAAACUUUACGUUGAGGUCCUGCAUACCAUUGCCAAUACGGUGGGUGCACCAGCGCCCGGCGGACAGUUUGCGCAUUACAAGGAUGAAAUGUAUCUGCAUGCACAGCGGGCCUUUGGCGUCAAUCCGGAUCGUCAUUAUCGCCUACUGCACGCCUCUGCCGAGGAUAAACCAAAGAUAAUCGUGCUCUCGGCGGUCGUCAUCGAGGCGGAUGGCCUCGAGGCAAAGGAUGCCAAUGGCUUCUCGGAUCCGUAUUGCAUGCUGGGCAUACAGCCGGACGGUGGUCCGCCCGUGUCGCCGCUGCCGCUGCCGCCGACGCCGCGCGCCUUGUCCGCCGAUAUGAGCGGUGGCUUUGAUAACAGUGCCACAGACUCGCCGCCGCAUCGCAAGCACAGCUUUCGCUUGAGCUUCAAGCGGCGCGAGGGGGCGGUUCGACGGGAGCAGCGCGACUCGCUGGGCGGCCCGGUGCCGGCCAAGUUAAUCAAGGCGACCAGCAUUAAGCCGCACACGCUAAGCCCCAAGUGGAAUGAGAAAUUCAAAUUCGACAUCGAUGACAUCAACACGGACACCUUUCAUUUGGACAUUUGGGAUCACGAUGACGAGAGCUGUGUCAUGGACGCCGUUUCACGGCUGAAUGAGGUGCGCGGCGUCCGCGGAUUGGGUCGCUUCUUCAAGCAAGUCUGCCAAUCGGCGCGUCAGGGCUCUCAGGAUGAUUUCCUGGGCGCCAUAAACAUACCCAUUGCCGAGAUACCCUCAACGGGCCUGGAUGCCUGGUUCAAGCUGGAGGCGCGCAGUCAUCGGAGCACAGUCCAGGGGCGCAUACGCCUCAAGCUGUGGCUAUCGACACGCGAGGAUCGCGGCCUGGUGCCCGACGAGAACAACGAGCAGCAACUGCGCAAGAUCGAGCAACUGCAACUGGUGUUCAUGCAGCACGAGGUGACCACACACGAACCCUCCUGGACCUGGUGCGGUGAUCUGCCCGGCCCCGCGCUCACCAUACUCCAUCAGCUGGCCGUGCAGGGUGAGCUCACGGAUCUGCAGUGCGCCAUGGCGAGAUAUGUUGCUGCUGCACGACUGAAUCGCACGACGCCGCUAGAUCCAAAGUUUCUGCAUCGUCUGCUCAGCGAUGUGGAGAAGCAAUGGAAUCAGCCCAAUCAGGAGGCGCUUACCCGCGAUCUGGAACAGUGGCUGGCCGAGGCAAUGAAUGGUUUUGUGGAGCGUUCGCUGAAUCAGAUACGGCGGCAUCGCGACAUAUUUCCGGCCCUGAAUCCGCCAUCGCUAAUACGAUUGGAGUUUCUGCUGCGUUGCUUGGGGCUGCUUGGGUCGAUGCGCGCCUUUCGCGCCGUCUGCCCCUUCAACAAGGGGGUGCGCGGCGAGGUGGUGAAUGCGCUGCGCAAGGGUUCCGUAAUGUGGGGACAGAAUGUGUUGCGCGAAUCGCAGUCGCUGGCCAAUCCAUUAUCGAAUUUUGUAACAACAUUAACCGCCGACAUCCAGCUGGGCCAGACCUACUAUCAUGCCCUCUUCGACAACACGAAUGGCAUUCAGUACUUCAGCAUCAUCUACAAGCAGUACGAUGCGAUGGUUGGCGAUGAGGUCUAUACGAGAAUGGCAGCUGGCCAAGUGCCCGGGGUGCGAAUGAAUCUCUCACAGUAUGCGGUGCUCGAGGGCGAUGCGGAGCCGGUGGAUGCGAAACCGUUUGAGCUCUUUCUGGCAUUGCAGGAAUUCUGUCAGCUCAAACGGCAUUUAUCCGCCCAGCCCCAGCCGCCAGAGAAGCCGUUGGCGUUGAGCAACAGCCAUGAGUGGUUUAUACCCACCUUUGAGCGCUGGAUGAUGGUUAGCAAGGCGAAGGCGCUGCAGCGCAUCCGGGCUGCCAUUCGCAUGGAUGCCAUCUGUGAGGGCGAGCGCAUAGUGCGGUACAGUAGCUCCUCGGUGGACACGGCCAGUACGCUGCUGAACAUCAAGGAGUUCUGGAAGGUCAUCAAUUGGCCGGACGAGGAUACAGCCAUCAUGAUGGAAUCACAACUAAUCGAUGUUGUCUGCUCGGCAGCAAUGCACUAUUGCGAUCUCAUCCACACAACGCUGGCGGACAGUGGCUACUAUGAGCAGCAGGGUCCGUUUCGCUGCUCGGACGACAUGUGUGUGACGGUCAACAAUGUGGAGUAUGUGCGUCGCACUCUGGCCGAGUUUCGCUCCGACGAACAGCCGCUCGAGGAGUCGGCCGAUAAUCUCCUCGAGUCUAGUCUCACCCACAUGGAGAAUCGGUGCGAACGCAUCUUGUCCAAGCUGGCGCCCCUGAUGCAAAUGUCCCUGCAGAAGGCAGUAUUCCAUUUGGCCUGGUCACCGGACUCGUUGCCAGCGAAUCAGGCGAUUGUUCCACUGCUCGAGUAUCUCGAUUGUCAUCUGGCAGCACUGAAUAGUGCACUGCUCACCAAGAAUUUCAAUCGUUCGUUGCGCUUCAUCUGGAAGACGGUGCUGGGCGAGAUGGCACGUCAAAUGGAGACGGGCGAUGAGACCGAUAAGCCGACCCACUUUCACAAACGACUCUACGAGGCGCUGCAGCUGCUCGUCGACUUCUUUCAUGCCGAGGGACAGGGUCUGCUCAUCGAGUGUCUGCACACCGAGGAUUUCUGGCGCAUCGAGCAGCGGCUGCAGUUCCACAAAACGGAUACGGAUCGUUUGAUUGACAUGUUCUACAUGAAUCGCCUGCGCGAACAACUGAUGGCAGUUAGUCCGGGACCAUACGGCUCAUUGGCAGUACGCUCCUACUUCAAUCAUGACUCGCUGUGCGUUGAGAUCCUGCACGCCAGGGAUGUGGUGCCCCUGGACCCGAAUGGUUUCAGUGAUCCAUUCGUUGUCAUUGAGCUGCUGCCACGUCGCAUCUUUCUCCACUGCAUGGAGCAGCAAACCAAUGUGCAUAAGCGCACUUUAAAUCCCAUUUUCGAUGAGUGCUUUGAGUUUUCGGUGACGCUGGAGCAGUGUCUGGUUGAUGGGGCCAUGAUCUGCUUUACGGUCAUGGAUCACGAUGUGCUCACGGCCAACGACUUUGGAGGCGAAGCCUAUCUGGCACUGGGCAAUAUACCCGGCGUGGCGGAUUACAGCACCAGUGUGGAUAACUUUCAUGGGCUCAAGCAAAUUGAGUUGCCGCUCAUGCAGCAAAAGGAUAAAUGCAAUCCGAUUUUGCAAAUAUUGGAGCUGCGCAUCAAUGACAAACAGGCGCAGGAUUUUGUGCGCAAGCAGAAGGCACGUUUCAUCAAUUGAUUUUAGAAGGGAGCAUUUCAUGUGCAUGUAAGGAGCAUCGUUUGAAAAACGUAUCUCAACAUUUGACAGCAGGCAAUCUAAUUGCAAGUUUGGUUCUGAAUAUGGGGAUCCAACAUUAUAAGAGAAAUGUAUAAAGUAAGCAAACACGCAUCUACUACUAAUAUUAUCGAUUUAUGUCUGUACACUUAUGUAUUACGUAUUGUAUGUAGUUGUGCAACCUCCUCUGUUUUUGUAAAUGUUAGCAAAUUGAAAUUCAAAUGGUGCAUAAGUAACAAGUUACGGGGCACGAAACUCUUUGGCCCAAAUGUUCUAGACUUUACGUUGCUACAAAUUAAUACACACACACACACACACACACAAAUAUACACAUACAUAUUUUAGGGACUCCAUCGUAGCGUAGAAAUUGCUGAAAUUGUCACAAUUGAGCAUAACAAAUAUUUAGAAUUUAAAUCACAUACACAUUUCUGCAUUUCUGAAGACUUUUACCAAAAAAGAACACACAAGCACACCACACAUGAAAAGUGAAAGUAAACAAACACUUGCAAAAACCUAUUUAAAGUUAAUUCCUUAUUCCGAAAGUGGGGUGUAAAUGGAAAUAUUUUCUAUCCAAUCCAAUGCUGUGGCUCCGAUCUAUUUUAUAUUGGCAUAUUUUUUGGGUCAAUUUAAGG